CAGCUUUGCUCUUGUGUUUCUUACCAUAACCUGGUAAGGUUCAGUGCUCUGCUGCUGCUGCUCCUCCUCUGGGGUUGCCGUCUGAAUCUGGUUUUAUUUUACCCUUUAACACACAUUGAUCUCGGAUUUCUAGAGAAUAUUUUUGAAAUCCAGCUUUUCCCGGUUCAGUUUCUUGACAUCCACCUGCGAAGCCCUGCAUGCUGGCACAUAAGUCUUAUGCACAUGAUAUGAUGUUAAUAGUUGGCUAACUUUUAGCUCAUCGCAAGGCAAGGGGGGACCUACUGUUGCCAUGGGCAACAAUGUGCACCGUGAUUUUAUGCUUCCUCAUUCGCCAAGUAGUCAAAUGCUUGAUAGCUGUGUGGAAUUCCAGGAACUGCUCUUGUGAAUAUGGACAUUCAUGGACUCAAGGGAUUGGAACACAGACGACUUCUGCAAUUAUUGCAAAUCACAAGAAGACCCCAGCUGUGACGCCCACUGACAACCUGCAGCAUCUGGAGGAGAAGGGGGAGGCCUCCGAUUCCAACAGCCAAUAGAUCGGAGCCUAGAAGUAGCCAAUCAAGACUGUUCUGCCAUCCAAUCGGACAGCUCCAAACUGAUAGUGCAGCAAGCUGAGGGGAGAGCUGAAAUGAGGGUGGAGAGGCGGCGUGGCUUUCCUUUCCUACCAUCCUUUGCUUUUCCUUCGGCCCUGUGGAAGCACUCAUCCACACCACCGCACUGAACCCUUUUCACUCUGUCACUGCACUUGAUCCCUCUCUUUCCUUACAUCUAUCUGUCUAUCUUGCUUGAUGAAUAGGUCAAGCACCACAAACCAGUAGACCCUCUCAGUAAAGACCAGUGAAAUCAGUUGCUUAGAUUGUAGAGCUGCUAACAGAGAUCAUCCUACUCAAGCAAUGCAGUAGUCUAUUUAAAUAUAUUACCUCACCUCACGCCUCCCCAUCCCCACCGCCACCCAGUGUCUGGCUCAGUCCCAAAGGCUCCCACAGGCAAUGAGGAGGGCCAGGGGGUUUAUCUCUUUCUAGACUUUCUCUUCUCCACCUUGUGUCUUCAUGUUUUGGGGGUCCUCUGGUGCCCCCGCCCUCUGUCAACCCCCCCGCACCCGCUGCCACCACGGCCGGCCACCCCAGUCGCCUCGUUGCCAUGCCGACAGAGACACUGGCUCCAGCCCUGCCAGAUAGCAAGGCCGCUGGCCCCCCGACGCCCUACAGUUCUACCGUACCCCUCCGUAUCCUCAAUAAGGGCCCCGAGUACUUCAGGAGACAGGUGGAACCUAACCCUAAGCGCCUCAGUGCUGUCGAGAGACUAGAAGCUGACAAGGCCAAGUAUGUCAAGAGUCAGGAAGUUAUCAAUGCCAAACAAGAGCCAAUCAAACCACCUGUGCUGGCCAAGCCUCCCGUCGGUCACACUCUCCUGUCCAAGAGAGGCCCUGGGACUGGUGGAGGAGGAGGAAAUGGAGGCGGGUUACCUUUCAAAGCAUCCAAUAACAACGCCAAGGCAGACACAUGUGCGAUGAGCAGCGGCGGCAGCAAACGGGACAAUUUAAACUUGGAGAUUCUAAAAAAUCUGCUAAACUCCUCGUCCUCUUCGGGAGCAGGAUCUGAAGGUCUAGGAGGUGGAGCUAAGAGUGCUGUGCUGAUGAGGUCAUCAGGGGGAAUGGCUAGGAGUUGGACGCCAUCAGGGAUGCCGUUAACCUACCGGUCUACAAUGACUCUUAAUGAGCAACCAGCUGACUCAGCUCCCAGUCCGAGCACCUCGCACUCCCUCCGAUCCUUUUCCCAUUCCCUGAAGGUCCCUCCGAUCAACAGUGGGGGACGUCGCAGUCCGCUACAGGGAGGAAAUCUAAACCUUAGUAGACGAGUCCUGGACGAGAGAGCAGGUGAAGGAGGAGUUAUCGAUCGAUCUCGCUCCCCACUACCGCCUCUGCUCACGUCCCACUCCUCGUCUGACCUCCUGCGACUGUGCAAUGGCAAGCCACUCCGCACAGCCCGAUCCAGCAGCUCCUCAGCUCCACCCCUCCCCCCAAAACCCAACCCUGCCUCCCUCCCUCCUCCCGCACUUUCCUUGUCACUGCCCCCCCCACGUCCAACUCCAUCCCCCUCGCCCUGUGACAACACCACCCCUCUGUCAUUACCUUGUGAUCUGGGAGACCCUUCCAAUACUUCAACCGAUCCCAACCUGGAGCUUGAGCUUGGUUCGUCUGUUGUUCGUCGCUCCUCGCUACACAGAUCUAAAUCAGACCUGUCAGACCGGUACGCCCGGGCUGGAGCUGACGUGGAACGCUUUUUUAACUACUGCGGCCUUGACCCCGAAGAGCUGGAGGCAGUAGGUCCAGAGAACUUUGCACGGGCCAACUCUGAUAUCGUCAGCCUGAACUUCAGAUCAGCCUCUAUGAUCUCUUCCGACUGCGACCGGUCGCGGCGAUCUUCCAACGAUGCACUGUCAGACGGGGACGAGGACGAGGAAGAGGAGGCUGGAGAGCGUGUGCCAUAUGGCAUCUCAGCUGUGGAGCGAAAUGCAAGAGUCAUUAAGUGGCUGUACAGCAUCAAACAGGCGAGAGAAACACAAAAAGUCUCACAUGUUUAGGACAAGCACUACAGUGGAUUAGAUGUACUGUAAACUAUAGACAAACCGCACCAUGUUUCAGAAGUGAUACAAGGACCAGAAUUCCUCACAGGUUUAGAGGCCAUGAUCUUGGGCUGAACUGAAAUAUUGUCAAAAUGUAUAGAUGGAUGAAUGAAUGGAUGGAAGCAAAAGUCUGACAGGUCUGACAUAAACUAGGUAAGAAGACACAAUUUUGUUUAGAAAUUAAAGACGUGAUGAGGAAAAGGACUCUAAUCCUCCCAGGCUUAGAACAACACGAACACUAAGAACAUAAAGGAAUAAAACUUCCUAUCAUAUGAACAAAAUGUUUAGUCUGGAGAGACAAGCAACCAUGGGACCUGUAUGAAAACAAAUAAGUUGAUUAAAGGUUUCUCUAUGGACACUGUAUAACUCUGGCAGACAAAGUCUGUCAAUUUGCUUGAGCAACAAGAGCGAAAUGCACUACGACUGUCCAAGGACCCAUAAAGUGACCACCUCACUACAAAGGGUUAUAGGCCUUUCUCACAGAGAACAUUUUGGCUUGUCAAACACAGGUUUGACCAACAUUCCAUUUAGGACUGGUAGCCUGGUUUCAGAAAUGUGAAUCAUCACCCACAUCUCUGGGUUUGUGCUGGUUCACAGGUGUUUCCUCAGUAGGAUACAGCUGACUAAUCAAAGCAGUGGGUAGGCAUGAUAUGAAAAUUUCACGUCACAAUAAAUCCUGGCCAAAAUAAUUGCGUAUAUUAUCCCAAUAAUCACCCCAAAAAAACUGCACUAAAACAUGCUGGAAUCGCUUUACAUUUUGUUAAGAAGUAAAUAUUUUUUGUAAACAAAACUCCCCAUUCACUGCCAACAACAGUCAGGUGCUGGUAGGUCGCAGGGCCAUGUAGUAAGAAAUCAGAUCAAUUACAGAUAUAUAUUAUAAUAUUUAGGUCGUCAGAGAUUGACUCUUUGGCAGCGGUUCGUUGGUUUUUGAAAGUUAUGGUAAUUCAGUCUGAUUAUCAGUCUUUCAGUAUUUCGAUGUGUUAGCUCCAGGCUUUUGGCAGUGUUCAUGCUGGCUCAUGUUUACCAGUUCCGCCUGUGCUUUUCUUGCAAUGACAAGUCAAACUGCACACAUUGAGAAAGGCCUAUGUCACAGUGUUGAUGUCUUAGUUUAAACAACAGGUCCUGACAUCUUUGCAAAACAGAUACUGAACUCUAUCUGUCAAAAAAUCACAUGGAAAGUCAGUGAUGCUGGUACACUGUGCGGCUGUAAGUCAGCUCAGUGAAGUUACUUGACAUUUGUUAUAGGAAUAAUCAGUUCACCGCUAACUUAAUGGGUCACAAAGAUGAAGUUAUUAAUGCAUCAAGGUGUAAACUAUGACACUGCAAAAUGUUGGCAAACUCAUGAAACUAAGCUAGCUUUCACUGAGCUUUAGCUGUUUUCAAGCUAGAUAUUGUAACUGCUAAAUGAAGGCCUCGGAAUGUGUGAAGAUUGAUGAAGGAAACAGAAGACAUUGGUACAGUGAUUUGACACACACACACACACACACACACACACACACACACACACACAAUAUAAAAUAUUAUCUCUCAAGCAUACUUAUCCAUGCAGCAUUAAGGCUUCACUGUCAUAUCAUUAACAAAUCAACUACUUGUUCAUGUCACCCAACAAAACAUUUCACCAGAGAGUUGUAUUGUCCUGUGAUGGGUUAUUCAGAGGCUGCUCGACAACAAAUCAUGACUACUUGUAAUUUGGGUCAAAUGGUUGAAUGUAAGACUUAAUGUAUCACUACUGGUGCUGUCUAUGGGUGCCUUUACACCUGACUUUUCUGGUUGAAUCUAGAUUAACUCUGGUGCAUUUGCCUGUUUAAUUUGGUCUUGUUUAGGCUGAACGUCAUUCAAACUAGGACCAACUGCAGACCAAAGACUGCUUAAGGGGUCUUGGUCAACUUCCAACCACAGACAAAAAGGAGUUCGGUCUAGACCUGCUCUCUUUGAAAAGUGUCCUGAGAUAACUUCUGUUAGGAAUUGGCGCUAUACAAAUUAAAAAAAUGUAAUUAAAUUGAAUUGAAACUGUUUGUGGUGCAAACAUGAAUAGAUCAAUUAAUACGUAUGUGGUUUUAGCAUGAAAUCAUAAGAUAAACUACUAUUCAGUUGUAUAUGAUCCAUAUGCCAGGUCUAUCUACCAUAAGCGAUUUGAGAUUUGAGUCACAUUAUCAUAUGGGAAGAGCCAUCAUGCUGUUCAGUUUGCAUUCCACUGGGAAACUGGAAGCCAGCUAUCAAUCUUGUUACGUCCCACUAUUAAUUACUUUAAUUUAGAUUUAACAGCUGCUAUUUGAAACAGCUAUUUUGAAAUUGCAGAGUAGAUUUUAACCGGACCAAAACUGAAUGACAACUAUGCAUUGUUUUCCAUUUGUGCAAACCAAAUGAACCAGGUGUGAAAGUGAGCUAAACAAUCAAACCUUUACACAGGUAUGUCAUCACAUGUUCAAUUAGUGAAAUCCACAUCCACAUGCAAAUGUACAGGACAAUUCAAAAGAAAAGUACAAUUCAUGAGUGGGAUGAGAUAAAAUGAACAGCGCCUCAUGCAUUUCCCAGCAUCAAGACAUCAUAACUCUCCUUUUCGGAAAACAAUGUUAGUGAAAAUCUGUGGUUAUGUAGACCACCAGGCACUAUAAACAUACAAUAAAAGCAAUACUAAUGAAGCUGUCAGUUCACCACUACAUUGUACACAGGAAGGAUGAGAGGAGAUUGUGGUCAUGUAAUGCGUCAGUGUUCUCGCCAAAUGCCAUUUAAGAUUUAGGGUGUUUAUAGUUGCUUCUGCUGUAGAUCGCAUCCUACAGCCACACGCAGACGAUGCAGGCUGCGUUCAUGUUGAACACGUUGUCGAUGCCCUCACUUCUGCUUUCUUGCUCUCUGCCUCUGUCUGCCGUCAAAGCCAGCCGCAGGAAGAAACAUGUUUCUUUACCCUUGUGUGCUCCCAGAUAAUGAAGGUAGUUCACCUCCACCCUUAUCCUUGUCAUCUGUCUGUGCGUCGCUGACAUGUCUCAAGGCCUGAAGCCAUAUCGGUGUGAAUGCAGCGCCUCGGUCAGUGUCUACCAACAGUCAGUGUGUCCUUCUGCCCCUCCACCUCCCUUCACCUCACCUUAAAUCUGUGCUGCAGGUCUGCUUCAGUGUGUCCAACAACAGCAACAACCCUGCUGGGCUUACUUCACUUGCCUGCACAAUACAACUUUGCUGAUAUUAGCGGUAUGGAACAGGGUCUGCAGGGUCUUUAAAAGUCUAAAAUCCAACAACCGGAAUUUUAGGCCAUAAAAUAUAAAUAUGAUUUUGACAGGUCUUAAACAUUUAUUGGAUUAAUGAAGUUAAUGUUACUUAUAUGAAGUUGCAUUUUUCAGUCUCGCUUUUAAAUGUUUAUUUUGGGGGAGGGUAACAAUUUUGUAUUGAUCAUGCUGUAAUAACUACAACUUACUUUUACUUUGCCUAUAUGGACAUAAAAUAAGUCCUAAAUUGCAUCCAUAAUGUUUUUUAAAAGUCUUUAAAUUCACCCUGUUGAAACCUGCAGAAACCCUGGGGAAGCAUCAACAUCUGAGGCAACUAUAGUCUCUGUAAUGUAGCCAUAUUGUUUGGAAUGCAUAUGGUGACAUUGUGUAGGGGAGAACAGCUUGAGCCACAUUUUAGUGAAAAUGUCUGUAGAUAUAGGUUUGCUGUUAUGUAACACCCUGUUUACACAGUUUCAAAAUUGAAGAGAAGUGCAACCAAGGAACAUUGAAGACAUUGAAAUCUGGUUGUUCAAACCACCUCAGUUUGAGAAGUAUUGAAAAACAGUGUUUCCAUCUUCCAUUAGGUGCAUUAACUUUUUUUCAAAAAGGCAAAAACCAUUUUGAGUCCAUUGACCUUUUCUAAUACAAUACUUUAAAAUGUGCAUCAAAAUACAUUGAACCACAGCUAAUGGCUAUACUUAGGCCCCUUUUCCACCAAAUUAGCAUUGAACCAGUUCCGUUCAAGAUUCUUGGAACCGUGCUGCCAUCUAGCGAACCAGCCCGUUUCCAUCUAUUUUUAGCGUAACCAUAGUAAUCGCAUGUAUAAUCAAAAGAGGGCGCUGCACAACAACCUGUAGAAUAUGACACGCCCAUUUUGGUUCCCAAGGAUAACCUGCUAUUUUUUGGUUCCAACUGGAAAACAAAGUUUCCGAACCAAUUUAUUUUUGUUCAAAAUGCUCAGAACAGUUCAAAACUAGGUGCUUGAGUCAGAACCGAGCAAGUUCCCUGUUGGUGGAAAUUAGUUACAGGUUGUUCCUGUUUUGGAAAAAGCCUACAUUUGUGCAGUUCAUUACGUCUUCAAGUGAUUUUAUACUGAAACUUUUGUUGACCACUGUAAUCAUUCAUCCUGCACAUGUUGGCCCUGAAGUUAUCCCUCACUACUGUGACUCCAACAGGGGGACAAAACCCACAGUCCUCAAUCUGUGUCAAGUUGCAUCCUUUUACUGAAGCUAAUAUGUUUCAGUCUACGUUAGCCAAAUCAUUGUAUAAAUCAUCAUCCUGGAAGUGGUGUGUAGGUUUGUUUAACAAGCAAACACUGUCCAUGGAAACACAAAAGGAAUUUCGUAGAAUAGCAAAAGUAAAUUUCAAUAUGCCUCGAAUGCACAGUGAUCACAAAACUACCGCCAAUGCUCAUGAACAAGCUGGCUAGCUUUAAUGAGAGAAGAUCUAACUAAUUGAUGUUUCAUUUUUGAUGCAAACCUUCUUAAAAGAGUGGAAGUGAAGUGAACCCAGUUGGGAGAAACCCCCUUCCCCUAUGUCCUUGCUCUGAUCUCAGGGCUGUGCUAGCAUGUUCCUGUCCAGUACCCUGAUCUGUCAUCCUCAUGUGUCUUCCCAGUGACUUCCCCUUCGGAACCCAGGAAACCCCGCUGCUUCGUAAUGUCAGUGUUAACAAAGACAAUGUUGUUCUGUUCUGGCAGCAUCAUCAUGCUUUAGUUUAACUUCUGUCUACAUGGUGCGUUUUUUAUUUCUUUGUUUUUUAAUCUUUGGAUUGACAGAUAGAGUUCUUAUGUGGUACUUGCUUUGUUUUAUUUUUUUCUUCUAUGUGUAAAUGCUGUUAAAGGAAAAAAAUGUAUAUAUUUGAUUUAAAAGAGCAAUGGGUUGGAUUUCAGUUUCUCUCUGUCUGAAAGUUUAUGUGUUACAAAAGAUCCUAAACAAAAAACUGCUGUUUCGUUCUUUGUCUGCAGUACAGAACUGCCUGAUCGAACUGGGCAGGAUUGUUUCAGAGACUUAGUGUUGACUGUUUUUCGACGUGGAAACUGUUACAUUUUGCUUGAUGAAAAAUAUGUUCAUGUUUAGUUUCUUUUGAUUAUUUCAAUAAAUGGCUUCUUUUUGCCACUAA